CAGCCGGGAGGGUGCUCCCUGUGAGGAGGGAAAAGGUGUGUCUGCAGCCACCCAGUCGGAGAGGGUGACACAAGCCCGAUUAGGAAAUCCCUGGAGGAUGAGGGUAUAAAUCCCUGCCCAACCUCAGAGCUUGCACUGCAGGUGAAAGUCAGGCUGGCAGCCCUCCCCAGGGGACAGACACAGUUGAAGGAAUGCAGAGCUGCAGGCUGCAGGGUACUGGAUCAGAGCUCUCCACCUCCUGUGUCCCCCAGAGGGUGCUGGGGACCAUGCUCAUCUUGUACGUGUUGGUGAUGGGUGUUUCUGUCUUGGCCACUCAGCCCGAGGAACGCACAGUGGCUGCAGGAAACUGCCAGUUUCGUGGCAAGCAUUUCAAAACCGACUUCAGGGUGGAAGGGGAGCCUGUGGUCCUGAGGUGCCCCCAGAUGCGGUCUUGGUUGUUGGCCUCUGCCAGCCCAGAUGUCAAUCUUACCUGGCGUAGAAACGAUUCUGCCGGGCUAGUCCCAGAGGAAGAAGAGAAGCGAGUGUGGGUCCAGGAUGAUGCUCUGUGGAUUUUGCCAGCCUUUUGCAGGGACUCAGGCACCUACAUCUGUACGGCCAGAAAUGCCUCUUACUGUGAUGAAAUGUCCGUUGAGCUCAGGGUUUUUGAGAAGACAGAAGCUUCCCUGCCUUUCAUCUCAUACCCGCAAAUUCUAACCUUGUCAACCUCAGGGCCAUUAGUUUGCCCUGAGCUGAGUGAAUUCACCCAUAACAAAACUGACAUGAAGCUUCAAUGGUACAAGGAUUCUGUCCUUUUGGAUCAGGACAACGAGAAGUUUCUCAGUGUGAAGGGAACGGCUCGCUUGCUCAUAUACAAUGUGUCUGUAGAGGACGCCGGCUACUACAGCUGCGCCAUGACGUUUGUCCACAAGGGCGCACAAUACAACAUCACUAGGAAUAUCAGACUGCAGGUCAACAAAAAAGAAGAGGAGACAAUUCCUGUGAUUAUAUCCCCCCACCAGACCAUACUAGCUUCACUGGGGUCAAGACUGACAAUCCCGUGUAAGGUGUUUCUGGGAGCUGGCACACAGUCGACUACCACGCUGUGGUGGAUGGCCAACAACACGAACAUAGACCGCGCCUACCAUGGUGGCCGUGUGAGCGAGGGGCUGCGCCAGGAAUACUCAGAAAAUAAUGAGAACUACGUUGAAGUGCCAUUGAUUUUUGAUCCAGUCAUAAGAGAGGAUUUGAACACGGAUUUUAAAUGUGUUGUCCAUAAUACACUGAGUUUUCAGAUGCUACGUACCACAGUCAAAGAAGCUGCAACAUUCUCCUGGGGGAUUGCGAUGGCCCCCCUUUUGCUGGUCUUCUUGGUUUUGGGGGGAAUUUGGAUGCGCAGACGAUGGAAACGCAGAGUCGGAAAAGCAUAUGGUCUGACGGCAUUAAAGACUGGACAGCGAGGUUUCCCAUCCUACCCGAGUAAAGUAAAGGAAAUAAAAUAAUUCAGACACCAGGGUGUCUUUUCCUAUGGAAGUGGCUCUGCCUUUUUGAGGAACUCUUUCUUUUCCCCAGUUGUUUAACAAACCUGCUAUGUUUAUAGCUGGUUUGUAGUAAUGGGCUGAAGAACUGUGUAAAGUUUAUUUUGAUACUGAAUGACAGGCACAGUGUGCACGUGGGUGUAUGGGGUAUCUCUCUACUCCCUAUGACCUAUUUAAAAGAGUGAGGCACCUUUAGGCCCACAUAAGAGUUGAAAACAUCUAAAUGAGGUGUUCAAAAUUCAUCCAUUAAUCAUUUACAAAAAUGUAUUACUAGUCUAUUUUGACUUUGCACCACGGGAGGUGUUACAGAUACAAAGAUGGUUAAGACAUAGUUUGCCUUUUUGAGAAGAUGGAAUUUCUUUUUGAGAUUGGAAAGGAUCCUUUAGAAAUGCCAAAGAAGAAGAAUCAGCAAGAAUUGGUGAAUGCUUUUCAAAUGGAUGAUUAAAUAGUAAUUAGAAUAAGCCAUCAGGAAACACACAUGAGAACACUCAUGUUAGUGAGCUGAUGACUGGACUCAACUUCAUAACUAAGCUUCCAAAAAUAAGAAGAAAGGAAAGGUAUUGAGGUAACUGCAUACAUAUUAGAAAAAAAUUCUCCUCUUUGUCACAUACCAAAAAUAAAUUCCAGUUAAAUGUGUGCGUUAAAUUAAAAAAAAACAAAUUGCAGGAAAAUUAGCAUUCACCUACACAAGACUUUGUUCAAAUCUGACCUUCCCAGAUGUAAAGUUUAUUCCUUUACAUCCAACACUGGAUAAGCCCCUCUUUCCAUCCCUCUCUGUCCCCUCACUUGGUUUCGUGUCAUUAAAGCUCUUAUCACCACCAGA